CGGAAAAGCAUGAGUUAUCAGGGCAUGUGUGAGUGUUUAGAAAGUGUGUUUGCAUGUGAACAUGUGUGAGUGAGUGGACGUGACAGAGUGUGAGCAACUGCGAGUAUGAGUGUGUUUGUGGAGAGGCUUGGGUUCGGAUGUUGGAGCUCGGAGGCUGUUCCAAAGGAUGCUCAAACAAAGCUGGAUUUCUCUUCUUUCUCUCCUGUUCUGAAUGGCGACCGAGGACUUUGCUGAAUUCCUUUACUCAUGAGGUCGGGCUCGGCGCCGCUUCGGGGUAGCUGAAGGAGCUUCUGCAUGCAUGGCCACAGGGCCUUACCUCACCUGUUACCUCACUAGCCUCUGGGCUGAAGGAUUAUGGGUAACCUCAUCAGCCGGCCCAGCUGCCUGGGUCAGAAGUCCAAGCAUGUGAGGUCAGACGAGAACUUCCUGAAGGAGUGUUACCAGCGUCGGAGGGAGUGGCAGCCGGUGGAGCAGCAUGGGGAGGCCAAACAGGAGGAGGCUCUGAAAGACAAACCCAAGGAGGAUGCAAUCAAGGAGACAGAGGAGGAGAACGAAAAGGAGGCGCAGGAGGUCGAACGUAAGAGGGAGGACGGGACUCAUACUCCUGUUUCAGACAAACUGCUGCGUAGCUCCCCCGCCUCCACCAUCAGAAGCACCAGUACUCUGGACAACGCCUGGCACAGCACACCGUCACCCAUAAAAACAUCCCGUAAUGGGACGUUAACGAGGAUAACCGUCCCUCCGGAGUUCACCAGGUCCCCCCUCACCCACCUGGACAAGACAGCCGCCGAGAGGAGGGCCAGCUUCCAGAGGAGGGACUCCAGGGAGGGCAGCCCCUGGUCCUGGAAGACCGUGGCCUCGCGGGAGGUGACGGAGGUGACGGAAGUGACCGAGACCAUCGUGACUGAGAUCGUGGAAGUCACCGAGUAUCCGUCAGGGGAUAAAGGAGGCGACCCGGUGGUGACCAGGACCGUUAGAGUCCUGAAUGGAGUCGCUGAGGAGCUCGCUGAGCUCCAAAGCAAUGGACACUCAAGCUCAGACCAGGAUUCCAGUCUGGAUCGAUGGAGAGGAACGAGAUCCGCCUUGGCUCUGAAAGAUGCAUCUACAGAUUCUACUGAAACUUUCCUCCAAAACCUGGAGACUCUGCUCACAUGGGUCUGUGAAAUAGAGGAGCUCACAGCCAAUCAGAAGCCCCCAUCUUCAGAGGUCAAAGUGGUGAAGGCUCAGCUCCAAGAACAGAAGCUCCUUCUGCGCCUCCUAACAGACCGCCGUCGCAGUAUGGACGCCAUGAUGCUGGAGGGUCCUCGGCUGGUGGAGGCCCAUCCAGGACAGGAGGGGGAGCAGGUGAAGGCCAGGCUCUGCACCCUCGAAUGCAAGUGGAGGACGUUACAGCUGGAGGCAGAGCAGAGGAGAGCGAGGCUGGAGCUGAUUCGUCCCAGGGCGGAGGUCUUCCAGGACGGGGUGGAUGACCUGCAGCAGUGGCUCAUAUCUGUGGAGCAGGUUCUGGCCCAGUUACGCAACGCAGAGAGGGUGAUGCUGCAUCUGCAGGAGGCCACGGAACGGGCCAAGGCUGUUGUUGAGGAGAUUCAAGUUAAAACUGCUGUUCUGGGGAAAAUUCAGCAGGCGAGUCAAGAUUUGAUAGAAGCUAUUUCAGAGGACGAGGCCCAGCAGGUGCAGGAGAAAGUGGACGCCCUGCGGAUCCGCUGUUCGGUGCUGAGCCUGAGCAGCCUGGAUGUCCUGCAGAGGCUGGAGCAGGCCCUGGAGGCCUCCAGCAGAUGCACCUCCAGCCAGGAGGACCUCCACCUGUGGCUGGGACGCAUCGAGAGGGAGCUCCUGGGGGCGGGGCCUCUGGGGGCGGGGCCUCAGAGCCACGCAGGAGGAGACGCACUUCUGUGUGCGGCCGAGAGACAGAGGCUGGAACAGGCCGUGGUGAAGGAGAUGUCCUGGUUCAAGGAGACAGCGCUGAGUCUGGAGAAGCUGAAAACCAUCGAUUUGGACCCAGACGUGAUAUCAGAGCAGCUGUAUGAGCAGAAGAUUUUAGCCGUGGAGAUUCUCCAACACCGAUUCAACAUUGAGAAGAUGGUGAAAAUCGCAGAGAUCCUGCAGACGUACAGCGACGAAGGAGACACUUCAGACCUACUGACGCCGAUGGAGCUCCUUCAGGAACAGUGCAACACCACCUCUGCCACCAACUCCCAUGUGGUUCUGCAGCUGGAACAUGCCCACUCCCUCCUCCUCCAGUUCUCAGAGGGUCUGUCGGAGGUUUCACCCUGGCUCCAGGAAACUCAGAGCCUGGUCGGCCAACUGUCCCUGAGCACCAUCAGCUACGAAGCCUUCAGGGAACAGCAGGACCUGUUACAGGGUCUGAGGGAGUCCAUUGCUGAACACAGACCUCUCAUCACUCGUCUGUGUUCGUUGGCCAAACGUUUGUCAGAACUGAACCCGGUUCAAGGAGACCAGUUCUGUCAGAAGGCUUCGGAGGCCGAGGAGAAACACCGAGGGAUCAGAGACCGGGUCCGAGAGAGCGCCGGUCUGUUGGAGGAGUCUUUACCAAGAUUCACACAGCUGAAUGAGAGGAUGACCCUGAUCCGGGAGAGUCUGGAUCGGCUGAAAGGUCGCCUUCAGACCCCGACCCCCCUUCAGGGUCUGACCCCCCGGAUCCAGGAGCAGCUGCAGGACAAUAAACUGACCCUGUCGGAGCUGUCGAAGCUGGAGCUGGGCCUCGGCAGCGUCAGGGCUCAAGCAGACGAACUGGUGGCAAACACAAGGGCAGCGGGAGACGGAUCCAUCGGAACAGCCAUCCAGGAGCGAGUGUCCAGUCUGUCUGGGCUCUGGGAGGAGACUCAGACCCAGGCCCAGCAGAGGGAAACCUGGCUCUUUAAACUCCUGGACCUGGCCAUGAAGUUCUGGAGUGACGUCAGUGAUGUCACAGCGGCACUAAACGACGCUCAGCAGGCGGUUCUGGACCUGAACGCCUGUCGAAGCGACUCUGAAACCAUCAGGCAGAGUCUGGAGAGCAUGCAGACUCUGAGGGACGACAUCGACGGCUUACAGGCGGAUCUGGACACGCUGGGGAUUCUGGGAAUGGACCUGAUGUCAGCCUGUGGAGACACCGACAAACCAGACGUCACCAAGAGCCUGGACGAACUCUACUCCACCUGGAACAACCUGAGCAAACUGUGGACUGAAUGUCACAAAAAGCUGGAGGAGUCCCUGCAGAUGGCGCUGCAUUACCAAGACACCAUGCAGGGUCUUUUCGAGUGGCUCAAAUCAGCAGAACUGAGGUCAACUGAAGAGUUCAUGGUUGGAUCUGACCUGGAAUCAGUCAAAGAGCAGCUGUGUGAUCUGAAGGAGUUUAAGCGAGAACUUUACCAGAAGAAAAUCGAGAUCGAGAGUCUGAACCACCGCUUCGUGUGUCGUCUUUCUCCGGGUUCUGAACGUCCGGGUUCGGUUUCUCCGUUGUGUGAUUUCAGACAGAGAUGGGACGGUUUGGAGUCGGAGACGGUCAGCAGACAGCAUCAGUUGGAGUGUGCUCUUCUGGGUCUGGGUCAGUUCCAGAACUCUCUGGAUGAGCUGAACACGUGGCUGUCCCGGACCGCCGAACAGCUGCAGGGGGGCCAGCCAAUCAGCAUCGACCUGCAGGCCUGUGAGAUAGAACUAGCCAAACACAAGGUUUUGCGUAAUGAUGUCAUGUCCCACAUUCGGACCAUUGAGUCCCUGAACCGGGCUGGCAGGGACCUGCUGGAGACCGGGUCCGGAGACAGUCCUCAUGGUCUCCAGUCCCGUCUGGAGCAGCUCAAUGAAAGCUGGGAGUUCGUUCGCUGUGAGACUGAACGCAGACAGUUGGAGUUGGAGAACAGACUGAGUCAGGUCCAGGAUGUGACCAUGGAGAUCCAGGAUCUCCUGCAGUGGUUGGAGAACACAGACCUGAGGCUGUCCUCCUGUAAAACCAUGUGGGGGAUGCCCGACUCAGCCACCGAGAGGCUCAGCGCACAUCUGGAGUUGUGUAAUGAGAUGGAGUCGAAGCUCCACACCUACACAGACGUGAAGAACGCCGUCCACCGGAUGCUGGAGAGCAGCGACGUGGUCCGCGGGUCGAGUACAGAACACAGUCUGUCUAUUCUGGAGCAGAAAUGGGCAUCAGUUUACAACAAAGUCCAGGACAGAAAGGCGAAGCUCACCGAAGGACUGGGUUUGGCCAAAGAGUUCCACAGCAGCGUCCAGGACCUUCUGACCCGGAUGUCCAGGUGUGAGGAGUCCAUCGGCCUCCUGCCGGCACCCAGCUUCGUUCUGGACACAGUCUGCACUCAGCUGCAGGAUCACAGAACUCUGGUGAAUGAGGUGAACAGUUACUGUGAGAAGAAAACCACAGUGGAGAACACGGGCUGCAGACUGACGGAGCUGAGCCGGAAGGAGGACUGCGAUGUCAUCCACAACCUGGUCAUGACCGUCCAGGAUCGGUACAAGAAGCUGCAGCAGCGUACGUCAGAGCGAGGCAGGAUGUUGGAGGAGGUGAAGAAGAACGCCAGACAGUUUAAUGAAUCCUGGCGUUUACUGGUCGACUGGAUGACCGAGGUGGAACAAACCUUGGACACUCAUAAGGAGAUCGCUGUGACUCAUGAGGAGAUUAAACAGCAGCUGACGGAGCAGAAGGAGUUCCAGAAACUGCUGAGGACGAAGAGGCCGAUGUACGAGGCCACGUUGAAGAACGGUCGUAGCCUCCACGAAAGAGCAGCGAGUGUCCACGACCGGCAGCAUCUGGAAAACCUGCUGGCGGAGCUCAAAGACACAUGGGAUACGAUCAGUGGGAAGUCCAUGGAGAGGCAGCAUAAGUUGGAGGAAGCGCUGCUGUUUUCCGGCAGAUUCACGGACGCCCUCCAAGCCCUGAACGACUGGUUGUACAGGGCGGAGCCUCAGCUCGCAGAGGACGUCCCAGUGGGCGGAGACAAAGACAUGGUCAACAACCUGAUUGAUAAACACAAGGCGUUCCAGAAGGAGCUGGGGAAGCGAGCUGGGUGCAUCCGGACCCUGAAACGCUCGGUUCGGGAUCUGACCCGGAGCAGCACGGCUGACGCUCAUUGGCUGCAGGAGCAGAUGGACGAACUGGAGGGACGAUGGGAGGCCGUGUGCAAACUGUCCGUCAGCAAACAGGACCGGCUGGAGGCGGCGCUUCAGCAGGCAGAGAAGUUUGACGGCCUCGUCCACGCCUUCAUGGAACGACUGACGGAGGCCGAGAGGAUCCUGAAAUAUGGAAUCGUACCCGAGGACGAGGACGGGCUGAGAGCCUUCAGCAAACAACACAAGGAGUCGAUGGACGCCCUGGAGGCUCAUGCGAUGGAGCUCCAGAACAUCCACUGUCUGGGGGAGGAGAUCCUGGCGUCGUGUCACCCCGACUCCAUCAUCACCCUGAAGUCUUGGAUCAGCGUCACCAAGACCCGCUACGAGGAGGUCCAGACGUGGGCCCAGCAGCAGGGCCAGAAGAUCCAGUCCAGCUUGGCAGCUCUGGAGGCUGAGAAGGAGGAGGUCCAGAGGCUCCUGGACUGGAUCGGAUCAGCAGAGGAGGCUCUGAACCUGAGAGAACAAGAACCUCUGCCCGACAACACCGAGCAGAACCAGGAACUCAUCGACCAGCACCAAGUUUUCACCGAGGAGUUGAAUAAAAAGUUCCCAGAGGUUGAACAAGCUACGAAAUCCUGCAAACACAAGAGCAUUUCAAAGCAGCAAGUGUCUCCAAGUAAAAGGCCUGUCACAAAGCGAAGGAGUGCGAUGAAGCUGCAGCCCCCCGCCCCGGUUCCCCUGGACCACCUGGACCCCCAGACCCCCCAGCUCAGUCAGCUGAUCAGUCAGUGGCAGAAACUGUGGCUCCUGACAGUCGCAAGACAAACCCGCCUGGACCAACACCACAAGAUGCUCAGAGAGAUGGAGGAGUUCGCCAACUUCGACUUCAACAUCUGGAGGAAGCGUUACAUGCUGUGGAUCAGUCACCUCAAGUCUCGGAUCUUAGACGUUUUCCGCAGCAUCGACCGCGACCAGGACGGACGCAUCAGCAGGAAGGAGUUCAUCGAUUAUGUCCUCGCCUCCAAGUUUCCAACCAACUCCCUGGAGAUGAACGCUGUCGCCAACAUCUUCGACAUGAACAGCGACGGAUUCAUCGACUACUAUGAGUUUGUGAGCGCGCUCCAUCCGAGCCGAGACCCCUACAGGAAGACCCUGGACGCAGAUCAGAUCAACGAGGAGGUGAGUCGACAGGUGUCCCAGUGUAACUGUCCAAAGAGGUUCCAGGUGGAGCAGAUCAGCGCCAACAGAUACAGGUUUGGAGAUUCCCAGCAGCUCCGGAUGGUUCGAAUCCUUCGCAGUACGUUGAUGGUCAGAGUUGGAGGAGGCUGGACGGCUCUAGACGAGUUUCUGGUGAAGAACGAUCCCUGCAGAGUAAAAGGUCGGACCAACCUGAAGAUCAAGGAGAAGUACUUAUCUCCAUCAGGAAGUUCAUCUAAGGGUUUGACGGUGAGCAGGUCCAACUCCAGUCUGAGCCUGUACAGCAGCGCCUCAGCCCCCACCAGCCCCAUGACCCGCAAGGCGUUACUCAGACGGAGUUACUCAGGUGAUCGCUGCCUCCGCCCCAGAAGCUCCAUCGCUGCUUUGGGUUCGGAUCUCCAGUUCGUCACAACAGGAGACGACAACUCCCCAUCGCCAUCAGAUGAAGCUGAACGCUUGCCCACAUGACGACCUCCGCCCUGGACGCCACGUACGCUGCCGUCCUGAACCCAAACACAGCCUGGAGGGCCCUGAAGCAGAGAUAAGAGCCGACGUGAACAGAUAGAACGGCUGAAAGCGAGGCAUGGGCUGCAUCUGAACGGCAGGCGGCGGACUGGCCUGACCUCCAGCCGAGGCCACGGGACCAGACGCCCAAGGACGUUUAGCUUUGACAAACUGUGUGAAUGUGAUUCUUCUGUAAGGAGGUCAGUUCAGAUGCAAGACAAACACGUUUUUAUCUCCUGUUCCGUGUCAUACGGCUGUAGGUGUAGGAGCUAAGACGCUGCAUGGUUUCCUUUUGCAUGAUCCCAAGAUUUUAACCCUGAACAGAUUUUUUAUUCCACUGUGGUUGUAAUGAUGAGAGUGGUGAGACUGAGACCGACUGCCAUUAACCCAUAAAGACCCAAACAUCCACCACCGACCAGAACCAUCUACUGGUACUGAUCUAAUCUGUUUAAUACCUGCUGAUCCACUAAUC